AUGCCAUUCACAUCCAAAGAACGGAAGCAGGUCGAAAGACUCAAACGGAAGUAUAGAAUUGAAUUCCGCGGAGAGGUGCCAAGCUCUGAAUGGUCCGAUAGCCAUCGUCCGACUUUUAUUGCGGUUGGUGAGCUAGGAAAGAGGCAAUUCGACACCUAUGCGGCUUGUGCGACAGCUAUUGAAAAUGCACCAUGGACUGCAGAAAUAAGAAACAUGCCGAUGAACUCUCUGAGCGGGCUAAGCGCUAUCAAGUUUUGUCGAAAGCGAGUAUGGCGUUCGGAAAUCGAAGCGACAAGUGAGGGGAACUCGACUAUGACAGAAGCCCUGCGUGUUAGGCAGAAUAAACGAGAGCCCUGUCGGUGUCCGCGAGACUUCAGACUUGAGGAUUCAAUGGAAGCUGUCGGGUUGAAUCGGAUUUUUGGCCAUCGGGAAGAUGAACCAGUACACCACGAUUCAACUAUCCAGAAAGAACUACCAAGUGCAACAAAACCGGAUGCAAUCUACGGACUUCGGCAGACUCGAAACAUUGAAAACCUCGUGAACGAUACAGCCUGUAUACAUAGAGCGGAGGAUGAUCAUGAUAUGCUUGUUCAUGAGAUCCUGGGAGAUCCCCCGCUCAGUGAGGAAGGAGAUCCAGUGGUGUUCCCAUUCCUUCUUCUCGGGGCAAAGUCGGCGAAGUCGGCAGAUAGCGAUUGGAAUUCCAUUAAGUUGCAAUCCGCGUUUCCGGUGCGGACUCUGUUAUGCACGCAGGAGUUGUUGAAGAAUAUGACCGAGCCGCACGCGAAGCGGCAGACUGAUCCAUUAGUCUGGUUACUAAUGAAUAGAGGAGAGGAUUGGCGAGUGUCUGUGGCAUGCGUAUAUAAUGGUGCAGGCGAGAAACCUGGGACCAUCGGUACUACUGAAUAUGUUCGUUUCACCUGCGGUUCUUGUUCUAAGAGACGUUUCCUGGAGCAAAGAUGGCGCGUGCUAAUUUUCUCCCAGCAAAUUUUUGAUCUGUGGGGAGGCUCUAUUACAUCGAGAAAUGGGGCAUUGCAACUUCUGCUGAUUGUCGAUUAUGUCUUCGAGUGGGCUCGUGACAUUUAUCGAGGACAUAUUGAACAAACUCAGGAUCGUAGCAUCCGGGGAGAAUGA